GUGGGGGGCCCAGGUCGGGGGCCCAGGAUGCAGGGGUCUGCCCCUGGUCAGGCUCUGCCUUCCGAGGAGACUGAGCGUCGUCACACAGGCCGUGCCAGGCCGGGCCGAGCCGGGCUGAGGCCGUGGGCCCUGACUGUGCAGCCUAGGGCAGGACUGUGACUUCAAGACCCUCCCGACCCCUGACCUCUGCCCCCAGUGGCCCUGGCCCCUGGGCAGCCCUUGCUGGCCACCUUGUGCCACCAGAGCCUGGGCCUGGCCGGGCUGGGCGGGGACCCGGGCGGGAGAGGGUGGUCUUGCUCUCUAAGGCCAGGCACAAGUGAGAGGCCUGGGGAUCCAGGCUGGGCUGGGCGAGGGGUGGCCUCUGACUCCCUGGGGGGCUGGGCUGGGUGAGGGGUGGCCCCUGACCCCCUGGGGGAUCUGGUUGGGCUGGGCAGGGGGCUGGGUGGGAGAGUGUGGGUCCUGCCCUCCGAAGCCAGGCAUGGGCGAGAAGCCUGGGGGUCCUGGCUGAGCUGGGCUGGGUGGGGGUGGCCCCCAACCCCCUGGGGGUUUGGGCUGGGCUGGGUGAGGGGCGGUCUCUGACCCCCAGCCAGGUUCCCAGGCAGGAUGAGCUGGGGUCGGGGUGGCUGGGCCGCGGGCCUUGGGAGCUGGGCAGCCUGGGUGGGGCACAAAUGGCCCAGCGCCUUCUGUUUCCCAGGCAGCUCCGUGGCCAUGGAUGUGUUCCAGAAGGUAGAGAAGAUCGGAGAGGGUACCUACGGGGUGGUGUACAAGGCCAAAAACAGGGAGACAGGGCAGCUGGUGGCCCUGAAGAAGAUCAGACUGGAUUUGGAGAUGGAGGGCGUCCCAAGCACUGCCAUCAGGGAGAUCUCCCUGCUCAAGGAACUGAAGCACCCUAACAUCGUCCAACUGCUGGACGUGGUGCACAACGAGAGGAAGCUUUAUCUGGUGUUUGAGUUCCUCAGCCAGGACCUGAAGAAGUACAUGGACUCCACCCCAGACUCGGAGCUCCCCCUGCACCUCAUCAAGAGCUACCUCUUCCAGUUGCUGCAGGGGGUGAGUUUCUGCCACUCACAUCGGGUCAUCCACCGAGACCUGAAGCCCCAGAAUCUGCUCAUCAAUGAGUUGGGUGCCAUCAAGCUGGCUGACUUCGGCCUGGCUCGAGCCUUCGGGGUGCCCCUGCGCACCUACACCCACGAGGUGGUGACACUGUGGUAUCGCGCCCCCGAGAUUCUCUUGGGCAGCAAGUUCUAUACCACGGCUGUGGAUAUCUGGAGCAUUGGUUGCAUCUUUGCAGAGAUGGUGACUCGAAAAGCCCUGUUUCCUGGUGACUCUGAGAUUGACCAGCUCUUUCGUAUCUUUCGUAUGCUGGGGACGCCCAGCGAAGCCACAUGGCCCGGGGUCACCCAGCUGCCUGACUAUAAGGGCAGCUUCCCUAAGUGGACCAGGAAGGGACUGGGAGAGGUUGUGCCCAGUCUGGAGCCAGAAGGCAGGGACCUGCUCAUGCAACUCCUGCAGUAUGACCCCAGCCGGCGGAUCACAGCCAAGACUGCCCUGGCCCACCCGUACUUCUCAUCCCCCGAGCCCUCUCCGGCCGCCCGCCAGUAUGUGCUGCAGGGAUUCUGCCAUUGAGAACGUCAAGACCACACUCAGAUCCUCUCUCGAGCAGCUGCUGCCCCAGCUGCCUCCUACCCAUUUCUGAGAGAGGACGCAUCUGGAAUUUGGCAUCAGCCUGCAGAGGGCUGAGUCUGGGUUAGUCCUGCCCACAGGUUAGGGAGCUCCUGUGUGUUUUUUGGGUUUGAUGGUGCCGUUUCAAAAUGGAAGCAUGGAUGCUCCAUGCACCAGGGGUCCCCAGGCACUGGAACAACACGUGCCAAGUUGAAGGCAGGGGGCCUGCCAGAGCCGGGUGUAGGUGUUCAAGCCCUCACCUGCCCCGCCUGCAGGGCCAGACCCUGAGGAAAUGGCGCCCCCUGCUGGUCUUUUUGGAUUUAAAAUGUUUGGGGGAAGAGUUGAGUUCCAGUUAAGAGUCCCAAGUUAAACAGGAGAGAAGUGAGGGAGAGGAGAGAGGGCAUUCCCUGGAUCCCAGGAGAGCUGGGCUGUGACUGCACUAAAGAGUCCUUCCUUCACCUAAGAUAUGCUGCUUUUGGUUUGUUUCUGGCUUGACAACAAGAAAUAAAUGUGAUAUGUUCCUGAG